UUCGUGGUAGAUACCGGAACUUAACAUAGGCUCAGUUCUGAUUGGACGAUCACAUACACGCUCGCUCUGAUCAAUCACAGAGCAGCUGGUCCUACAUAACGCCGUUGUCAGCGCCGUGUUAUCAUUCUCCUUCUCCACGAACAAAAAACCGAAAUGUCAGGAAGAGGUAAAACCGGCGGAAAGGCCAGAGCGAAGGCCAAGACCAGGUCCUCCAGGGCCGGCCUCCAGUUCCCCGUGGGCCGUGUCCACAGGCACUUGAGGAAGGGUAACUACGCCCGGCGUGUCGGCGCCGGAGCUCCGGUGUACCUGGCGGCGGUGUUGGAGUAUCUGACCGCUGAGAUCCUGGAGCUGGCCGGGAACGCGGCCCGCGACAACAAGAAGACCCGCAUCAUCCCCCGUCACCUGCAGCUGGCCGUCCGCAACGACGAGGAGCUCAACAAGCUGCUGGGCGGAGUGACCAUCGCUCAGGGCGGCGUGCUGCCCAACAUCCAGGCGGUGCUGCUGCCCAAGAAGACCGAGAAGGCCGCCAAGAAGUAGACACAACAACACCACAACAACAACGGCUCUUUUAAGAGCCACGCACUCCGCUAGAGAGCGAUCCUUUACUACGUCUUUGUUUACUAGUGAUGACGAUGUGAUGCUGCUGGUUCAAAUGUAAUUAAUGCUUCAUUAGUAAAAUGUGUUCACAACAAACUC